AGGAAAUUGGAAAAUCUAUAAUGAAGGGUCAACAAACACCAAGUCGUUUUCCUAAAAUAAAUUAAUUUGAGACUCAGUUCUCUCAUUUAUCAUUGAGUAAUUUCUAAGAAUAAAAACAUAAUCCUACAAUUUGUAAGGGAAUGUUAAGUAUGAUUAAUCCUAAGCCUCCUUGUGAAAAUAAGAAAAUAAAGCAAUCUAGUAUAUAUAUUGAUGAAUAGGUCAAUUUGAAUAGAAAGCACAUUGUUUAAAGAGAUGUCCAUAAGAAGAAGGUUCUAGUUUUGAUUUAGAUUUGGCAGUGUUUAAAAUACGUCCAUGUUAAAGAUAAUGUGAACAUAAUUAAAAAUAAUGUCCAUAUUUCCAUUCUGAAAAUGAUUUAAGAAGGCCAGGAACAUACUAUAAAGCAGAAUUAUGUCCAUAUAAAGUAGAAUUAAAAGAAUGCCCUCAUGGUUACAGUUGUUGUAAAGCUCAUAAUCAAUAUGAAUUGUUAUAUUAAGAAGACAAUUAUAGAAAGUUAUUUUGUCCACAACCUCAAAAUUGUUGUUUUGGUAUGUAUUGUCCUUAUGCUCAUUUUGAAAAAGACAUAAAAUGUGACUUGAU